CAAGAAUUACCUGAUCCCGAAAGUGACAACGGUGAUUCUCAUAUGACACUAAAGGAAUUAGAACAAAAGUGGAAUAACCUAGCUUUAGGAACUCUCAGUGAGAACCAUUUACAUUCACCAACGCCGUCUCAUAAUUAAAUAUAGUGUACGUAUUGUACGUAUCUUAUAUUAUAGAUUUAAAAAUGGAGUUUCCAAAUGUUGGGGAGAGAUGUUCAAUCAAAGAUUGCAAACAAUUAAAUUUUUUACCAUUUGAAUGCAAUCAUUGCCAUGACUUAUUUUGCAAGGAACAUUUUCAUAUAGGUUCUCAUAAGUGUCUAGGUUUGAAAGAUAAGAUCACAUAUACCAAAAUAAGAGCACCAAAUUAUACAUGUUCAGAUGAAUUGUGCAAAGAAACUUCACCCAUUGAAAUGCAAUGCAUCAAAUGUAAGAAACACUUUUGUCUACAACAUAGAUAUCAUGGCUGCCUGGAAUAUACUAAUGAAGAAAAAACAACAAAGUUGAAAAAAUGGCAAAUUCCAAAAAAACAAUUUGCUGAAGCAAAAGCUAUAGUAGAUCAAGAAAUUUCAGAUACUUUGAAGAAAUCCAAAAAUACUACAAUGGCCAAUAAAGUAAGACUUAUGCGUGUAAAGGGUUCUGCUGUUGGUUCAAAAAAUGUACCAGUAAAUGAAAGAUGUUAUUUUCUUGUAUAUCCCCCAACUACAAUAUCUAACAAACAUAUAGGACCAUCUAAAGGUAUUUAUGUGAAUAUGAACUGGACAAUUGGGAAAGCCAUAGACUCAAUAGCUGAUAUAUUAAAAGUAUCCAACAAUAAUAAUGUAGCAGGAGCAUCUAAACUGCAAUUAUUUCAUCAUAUAACUGGUGCACUAAUAUGUAAUGAAAUGGAUACACCAUUAAUAAAAUUGCUUGAAAAUUCGGAACUUAUAGAUGGACAAAGUGUUAUUUUAGAAUAUUCAGAUAGUAUGUUUGUAGAUACUACUUUAUAUAAAUAAAUAUUUACAAGAAGUAAUAACAAUUUCUUUCCUUUUGAUCUAUACAUUCUUAAAAUAUGAUUUAUAAGUAUACAACAAUUUAUUGAUAGUGGUAAGAACACAGUUUUAGAAUAAUAUUUGUUUAUUACAAACUAGAUGGUUUUAUAUAUAUCAGUUUUACAUUUACUCUUGAUAAAAAGACACGCAGAUGUACUAUGUAUGUACUUAAUAAACAAAUCAUUUACACCAGAUUAUUGUCAAGUUUGCUUCAAAUAAAACAAUGAUGAUACUUUGA